AUGCUGUCGAGGGACCAGCUCAUCCACCUCUUUGACCGCUUCGCCUUUCUUACUUCUCAGGCGGGUGAGUCUCGCGCUCACUUCUUCAGCCUCUCCGAAGCGUCCCACUGUUCCUUUUACCAUCACGGUGAAGACCUGCCUUGUUUGUUUCAGAUGUAAAGAGGCGGAUCAAGCAAGCUGUGAAUGACAAUCAGGUAGAAUACUCGGAAAAGAUCCUUGAAUGUCUGAUCGGUUGUAUUCCUGCCCAAGAUCUGACGCAAUGCCUAAUCACUCUUUGUGGUUAAGGCUACUCUUUUGGCACUCUGGUAUUGCCGUGCAAUAUCUCUAGGGACCGAGGACAAACGGAAGUGGCCAUCGUGAGCUCGAUUAUUUUACUUGCUUCUGUGUGCGAAUAUGUCGACGCUAUUCAAAAUUUCGUAUCGUUAUGCGGAGUUUUUCCUCCUCGGCUUACGGUUGAAUGGCACGACGCGAUUCCAUUCUGGGAAUAUCCCUAUCCUUUGUCAGCUGUAUGUUUAAUUAUCGUAUUCUAAUAAUUCAGGGAAAUGGACAAUUUAUUUUGGGUGUAACCUCAUCCUCAAAGGCUAAACUCUUAAGAAGUCACAUAUGGGAGAAGAAAUGAAAUGAAACAGAGUUCCACUUUGCUAUAAUUACCAGGAGAUGCAAUCUCACACUAGGAGAGGUAAUCAAUUGAACUUUCCUGUGCGCAGGAGGCAGUUGCUGUGACUACCACCAUCCAAGAGGAAAUAUUUACGGAAAUGGGAAUCGGUAGGCCACAGUGUUAAAUGUGAUUUCUAUUUGUAUUCCUCCGGUUGGUGCUUCAUUUCUUUCAUGCAGAAAAUUCCGUUCGAAACUACCUGAACUCUGGAACUUUCGUUAUGAACCUCUGAAAUUUCACGCCUAUGACAGUUAAAACCAAGGUCUGCUUACUCAGUCUUGAUUUGCGCAAGGAUUUCUUGAUCAGUUCAACCCCGGGCCUUAUAUGGCUCGUACCAUAGGUUUUGAUGUGCACCAUAUUUGUCUGACUUGCAUGUGACUCAUGCCAUAAUGUGCUGUUUCUGUGAACUAACCCGAGCAGAUUCAUGACGGUUCGUAAGGUUUUGUGCAAUUCUUUUAAGACAGAAUGCUCUCAACCAUUCGUGAGAUUUUUCCAAGAUUGCAAAGUUUAGAAGUUUAGUUCGGCCUUCAUUCUCAUUAAGAUUGUGUGGACCUGGAUUAAACGAGGAAUAUUUUUCGAGAAAUGAUGGUCCUGUGAAGGGUUUGCGCAUUAAAUGUGAAGUCUAGUCAUUCAUCCCUUUAGGAAUCUAAGAAUGGAAAAAUGAACAAGGGUGUAGAAAUCAUUGCCAAGUCCACAUUCACUGCUAUCGAGUCAAGCUAGAAUCUAAGAUAUUGUUUUUCUUGCUUGGUGAAUCUACAUUGAAACAGUAUCUUACAUAGUCUUUGGGAAUCCACUUCUAUUUGGAUCCAUCAGAAACAUGUUCACGAAAUUUAUUUUGAUGACAGUUUCCAUGAUAAUGCCAUAGUGAAAGCCUUUUCCUUGUUCAUUUUGCUAGAAAGCUAUAGCCUUUAAUCUACUAAGUCCACAGAGUAGUAAGUGAAGGACAAUUACACUGCCACAAGGUCGUCCGUUUUUCAAGUGAAUAGAAUAUAAAGGACAUUUAAUUGAUCUCUCAGAAGUCUCUCUAGAUCAGCUUUUAUUGGAAUCAAUAUUAAAAUGAAGUUUUUUAGAAAUGUUAAUACUCCUUAUACCUGAAUGUUGGUCAUCAUUUUAAAUAUGUUUUAAUACAGAAACAUCAUAGUGAACCCACAUAUAUUUUAUUUACGAUUCAGCUUGUAAAUACCCAUCAUCAAUGUUCAUUGAACUUUAUUACACGUCAAUGAGAAUAAUUUGGAUCCCCCUUCUGUGAUUAUUCAGGCACUACCCGUUUAAGCGUCAUAAUUCUCAAGGCAUUGCAAGAAAAACAACAUAUGUGCCAGUUGAACAAAAAGUUGUGGAUACAGUUGUCUUUAAAAUCUUUGUAUGCCCGCAUCUGUGGAAAUUUUACUCGUGAGGAAUAAAUAGUUCAUCUCAGGUUUAGCAUGAUGCUUCAGGUAGGGAGUAGCAACGGGAAUCUAUUGAUGGAAGCCCAGGGUGUCCACGUUUUGGAAGGUCUUCUGAGUUACCUUGAUUUAUCUUGGCCUCUCCCUGGUCAUGAGUUCCAUGACUGUUUUUUCUCUCCUUUUAUCGGGAGUGGUGGAUUUGUUUGAAUUGAGUUUCUAGUGAAGAAGAAGAGAAAUGGGAAGCUCGACCUGUGCUUAACUACCAUGUGAUUAUCGGUUAAACGUUUGCAUUUGCCAACGUUUAAUUUCUCUCUCAGAGAAUAUCCUUUGGCAGGAAUAUGCCUCUUCUGCACUUAGUCUAUCAGAAUAUGACGGAAAAUGAUACUUUUAGGUCUGUAAUGCGUUCUCUUGAUGUAUGGUCUGGCGCUAUUGAUUGCACUACUUUCUUGGAAUCUGAGACUCAUCUACUGCUGAACUGCAGAUCCUAGGUUCGGUAUUGCUUGCUUAGGAAAAGUUAAUGCAGUCUACGAGAAUGAUAGGGACCUGAUGAUUCAGUUCUAUCGAUUUAUUGCCAAGUAUGUAUUUUUAACUCUAUACUUCUGUUCUUUAUAUUCCUUCUUUGUUAUAGUUUCCUUCUAAUGCCUGUGGCGGUUUCUGCAAUCAAAAUAAUUCAUCCAAACGUUUGAAGUUUUUCGAGGAGAUUGCUUCUUUGUAGUUCCUUCUGUCUUGGGAAUUAAGAAAUGCAUGGUUUCCAUUCUCUAUCAGCGACUUAAAAUUUCAAAAAAUGCAUGUGUCUAUUUUAUGUUUUUGUAUUUAUUCAUUAUUUUCAUGAAUUUUGACCAUGAGCAUGAUGAACUGCCAGGUAAGUUCUCUCUAAGAUUUUUUGUGAUCCCGUGAAAGAAAUAUUUCAUUCUCAUUUCUAUGGAUGUGGAUAAUUACAGCGAUUUAACUCUUGAAUAAAUUUUUCUUUGGUUAUCUCCGAAAAUAGGCAUUUGUUUUUCCUCCUAAAUGGAAAGUGGCACACUUUUCCAACGUAGUUGCCAGUACGUAGAGAGGGCAUAAAUCUGACUUAUGAAGCUGACCUGAUUUAGGCUUCUGGUAGAGUCUUGGGGGGAAUUCCAAUCCAGGUGACAGUCCACAAAUGAAGUAAAUUUAACGUAGAAGGUUUGGUGUGAUCAUUGACGACCAUUUCCUCAAAAAAUACCAAUCUAAAAGGGCUUGAUGAAAACUAAACUAAAAGUCAAUGCCUCAGACGCCAAGAACAUUGGAGGUAUUUGUUUAUUCAGUAAACGAUCUUUCUUUUCUUUCUAAAUUAACAGUGCAACUGUGCCUCAAUGAGAUGGUGGGAUUUUGACUCUGUCCUGCUUCUGUACCAAUUUGAAACUGGUUGUCUUUCUCAUUUAUCACCGCCAAAUGUCAUCUUUUGAUAAUGAAAACUGAUUCUUAAGUCGAUGGACCUAUUUUUUCCAUCUUUUUAUCUUGAGUAGUAAGAUCAUUAAAGUCAACGUCGCCUCACUAAUUUCCUUAAUCCCUGAUAAGUUGAGAGUGGUAAGACCAUUGAAGUCAAUGCCACCUCUUUCAUUUUUAUUUGACCUAUCAUUUUUCCUCUGCCUCUGCCUUAACCUUAGGAAAAUCGUCUUGUUUUAUACAAAUCUUUUAGCCAGACGAUUUUUAUAAAUAACAUGACUUUAAUCUUUUGCGCUGCAAGCAAAAUAAUCCCCAAAAAUGUGGUCGCUGCUUCCUAAAAAAAGGAACUAUAAAUUAAAAUAUAGCUUGAAAAUAACUCGUAUAACAUCUUUACAGGAUCCUAAAAUACAAGAAAUAGUGGGUUCUCUCCAUCGCCGCCAUCAACAAUUUUUUUUAAUUUUUUUAAUUUACGUUUUACGAUUUGUUAUACGAUACAUACGCUCUUUUUUUUUUUAUAUAGUAUUCGAAAUAUUUUCUUUGUAGAGAAGAAAAUGAUACUCGUCCCUGGUUGAUUAUUCGGCAUUGUUUAUGAUACUCUAAAAUAAUAGUAUGAUGCCGACGCACCCAAGGAUGCAUAUUUCUUCUGAUCUUUUGCCAAAUCCGGAAGUCUUCUCACUUCUCCUCCCUUUUCUAAUUCCCCCGAUGUUGGGGCUCAUUUGCUUAGUUUGGUGAAUCCUUCAGGGAGGAGCUGGCAUGCGAUGAAGCAGAGCUCGAUCCCGAUGAGUUCUCAGAGAAGAUGCUCUCUCACCACAGACUGCAUGAGCAGGUAUCCCUUCUGCCUCCUCAGACUUUAAUCUCUGCUCAUUUAUGUAUGUAUUUAUAUAAAAUUUGUAUGUAUUAUAGUAUAUAUAUUUAUUUAUUAAUAUCGAGAAGAUUUCCUUAUGUGGAAAGUGAAAUCCUACGCAGCAAUUGGAGAUGCUCAAGUACAUGCGUAGAUUCCAUCCAGACGACCAGUCCGUGAUUCUUGAAACGGUCAGUGCUUCCAUUUCCUCUGUGUUCAUCUGGGUUCUUGCGUCUGUCCUUCAAUGGCUUCUUGGGACCCAUCCAGCCCAUCUCUUCUCCAACGGCCUAGUUGACCGUUGACUGUUGACAUCUGCAGCUCCGCCGGCAGAUGGAGGGCUCCAGCUUUGAUGGCGGCGCCGUCCUCUCGCCUGGACAUAUUGAAGAGAUCGUACGGUCUAGAGCUUCCCCAUCGCCCAGAGAUUCGAGGUAA